UUCACAAGCUGACUGAGCCACCGACCUUUCUCUUCGAAGAGUUCGCAACACCACAAAACACCGACUUUGGAAGGACCAAAACACUCGUCUCAUCCUUCAGAGCCUCGGGAGAGUCUCGUGACCAAGUGGGUCCCUUUCAAUGGCGGUUUGGUCAACCACAACAAUAGAAUAAUGCCUUAUUUUUCUUUUUCCUAUUCAUCCCAGCAUCAAUAGUAAUAACCGCCUCUCAAAGAGAGGUUCCCUUUUUGCCUAAGACAUCCAGGGACCUCGGCUUCUUUUCGUAACUUGCGAAUAUCCUCACCACUGCUUUUCGCCCCCCGGGUUCCCAUAUCACAUCGUCAAUUCUCCUUCUCUCUCCCUCCAAGCCAGUCGCUCUUCUCCAGAACAAAUCCGAGUUCCGAACCGUUCAACUCAGCGACUAUUCUCUCUAGUCGUCAAGAUGGCUGACUCCAUGUGCGGCCCAUCCAACGGGGCUAAGAACCUGCUCGCGCAUACCGACCGCGAUCGUACCCUGCACCAAGAUCGGCUCGUGAAUGCUCCUCAGGCUGGUCCCGGAGCUUCAUUCCGGUCGCAGAAUGCCGGUCCGAGCAACGCUGCCCAGAGAGCCUUUGAGGGUUUUCAGCAGGGUGGUCCGGUCAACGCUGGCUUUGAGAACGGCCCUCUGCUCCCUGAUAUGAACCCGGCUGCCCUUCAUCGCCCUCCUAUGGCCAUGUCUCCUGCUCCGAUGGCUGCUCGCCUGGCCGCAGAGCAUCAUGCAGCUAUGCGCCUCGAGUCGCCCGCCACCGGUGGAGUCGGGAACCAAGCCUGGAUCAAUGAGUUUGCCAGCAUGAAGAUUGCGAACGGCAGUUCGGUCCAAGCUGGUCAAACCCCAGGGAUGGCGAUGAGCCACCCUGGUGUGCCUGUUGUUCAGCAGCCUAUGAUGCUCCCCACCACAGGUGUCAACAGUUUCGCCCCUUACCAAACUGGCAUGGCCUUUCAGAGCUACCUACCUGCUCUCUCCGCCCCCAUGACCCACAGCCAACUCCCAGGUCAAGAAGCCACCGCCGCCGCCGCUGUACAAGUCGAAAGCGCCGAGGUCAAGGACGCCUUUGCCGAUCUAUUCGACCAGUACGAGCAGCAAGCCGACCAGCUGACCGACUACCAGCGUCAGGAGCAGGAAUUCGAGCAGGAGCAAGCCAAGUGGAUGGCCGAGCAUGGACCCAAAGCCCUUCCGCCUACCGAUGCCGAGAUGGGGGCGAUCAACUCGGAGAUGGAGCGGAUUGCCGACGAGCAGGAGGAACACGCCCGUCGGAGGGAGAAUGCGGACCUGGCUCGGGCGGCCGAGGAUAUUCUGAGGGCUGUUAGUGGCAACAACUCGGACAAGUUCAAGCACUCGAAUUUUUUGGAGUUGAUGAGACGGAUUGCGGCGAGUGAGAUUGUGGUGAAUGAGGAGAAUUUCAUCGAUGCGGAUACGGGGGAGAAGAUUGAGACGGGGGAUUUGGUUGCUGAGGGGCCGGUGAAUGGCAGCGGCAGCAGCGGUGACGGCAAUCCUGUGAAGGGGGAGAGUGGUGCGGUGGGCGGUGGUGGUGAUGUGCCGCCGCCGCCGACUGCUCCGGCGAGCGCCUGAUUUCCUUUUUAUUUUCGACAACAAGUUUGAUGAUCUACUGACAACAUACAACAACGUCCUGUCGACAUGACCCCAUGACCAACCACCACCACGACAACCCACGACCUUUUGACGACAAUAGUUCUUACAGCAGUGUUAUUUUACGUUUUUGCCUAUGGAUUUUUUUGUUAUUGUUUUUUUUUACCUCUAGGCGAGUUCAUGCUUUUGGCUUCUUUUGCUCUUUUUUUUUUCAUAGUUUGUUUCCUGAUAUUUUUUUUUCGUUCUUCAAAUCAAACAUUUGUAUUUUUUUCUUCCUGUUUAUUGUAUUCGUUACGAUGGGGAGAUGAAGAGAUGAGGAGAUGAGAGGAUGAGCAUGUGUUGUUGAUGACGAUGGGGAAUCAUGAUGAUGAUGAUGAGCAACCAAGCAAGCAUCAUUACAGAAGAGCAUUAGCAUCGUAUUGUACUAGAUAUUGCAUUUGAGGUGGCGGCGGCGGUGGUGGUGUGGUUUGAUAAGUGUAUGCAUUAGCAUAGGGAACAUUGUUAUGGUCGUGGGUGUGGUGGUGGUUUGGGGGUCAUGGUGGUUUGGUUGUUGCUGAUGGUGGUAGGAUAAAUGUUGUUGUUGUUGUUGUCGACUCUCUUGACUCCUGGGUUUGUU